CCAAAAGGUUUUCAAGGCUUACAGCCUGGACAUAGCCACCACAGAUUUUUAAAAUACCCCCAAAACUAGCUCCAGAUGUUGAGUAAUCAGUACAAUCAUUAGUCACAGACAGAAAAAAGGUCUACUAUGCCAUUGAUGGGAAGACAAUUUCCAUGUGUGCCUGCAUAUUUUACAGUACAGUAGCUGUAGACACUUGCGAUUCCUCCUGCAGGCAAUAAAAAAUAUGGCAGCUCACAUUUCCCAUGGUAGCUUUUCAGGUCUUAUAACCUACUUUCCAUCACGCAUAUGUAUGUAUCAAAGCAUUGAAGAAAGGUUGGCCUGUUAUAUAAAGAUCCCUGUUAGAAUACACACGCCAACCUACAGUAUAAACUCAACACUUGAGUAUAACCAAUCUUUCCGAUAUGUCCCAACUGAUACGUCAUAGCCAAAUUACAUAUACUCAUUGUCAUAUAAUGUAAAUGAGAUAGAGAUUGAUGGAUUUAAUGGGGGGAAAAAAAGUUUUGAUUAGUAAUAAGUUAGUGUCCGUGGCCCCAGCCCGCCCCCUCAGUGCCAUAAUUAGACGCUCAUUCCUCCAGUGACGCUGCAACUGCGACUCACUCAACUCCAUCACAUCCACUUCUUUUCCGCGGACUCAGUCUUUCUUUUUUAAGGGAGCUCUGCUGUGUAUCCAUACAUCCAGCGGAAUAACCAUUAUCGGCAAGCUCAAACCUGUCGGACUCCUCUUUUUUAGUUUUCUGCUGAGUCUCUCUGUUCAUUCAAUGGGUCCGCGGGUUGUGUUACUCUGCUCUCUGUUCGGAGUUCUCCUUGGACAAGGAGCAGAGCAGAUCUCGAUCGAUGACUGCUGUAAGGAUGGCCAGAAGCGCGCCAGUAAUAAUGAAGACUGUACAUCCCUGCCUCUCAUCUCUGAGUCAACCACAUGCAGGAUAGUGCAGGAGCAGUGCUGUGUAACAGUGCUUGAGGAUAACGUGUGCACCUCUGGUAUCAACAUGGCCAAAGACCAAGGAGCCUGCGAUUCUUUAUUUGCCAACGACUGCGAGUCCAAGACUACAAAGAUGUGCUGUGAAUGUUGUCUUCUGGGGAAGGCGACUCAAGAGCAGGGACUACCUUGUGACCACAACCUGUCAGUAGGUUACCAGUGUGGCCUUGUGUCCCGGGCAUGCUGCGUGGAUGGAGCCCCAGAUAACCAGACCACACCCGUAGAGCAAAGUGAAUUACCAAACAAGGAUGCUACCACAGAAAAUGGAGAUAAUUCAGUAUUUACCGAUCAAUGCAAUGGGAAAUGUGCUCAUCUCUGUGUGGGUAAUGACACAUGUGGCUGCUCCAAGGGCUACAAAUUGAAACCAGAUGGAAAGAGCUGUGAGGAUAUCAACGAAUGUUUGCUGGGAUCCAGCAACUGUCGGGGAGGAGAGCGUUGUAUCAACACAGAGGGCUCAUUCCGUUGCCAGAGAGAGGUCAGCUGUGGGACUGGCUAUGAACUCACCGACAACAACAAUUGCAAAGAUAUUGAUGAGUGUGAGACUGGCAUCCAUAACUGUGGCCCAGAGUUUCAGUGCCAAAACACCCAAGGGUCAUUCCGUUGUCUUCCCAAGGUCAAGUGUGGGUCCGGCUUUAUCCAGGAUGCCCUGGGAAACUGCAUUGAUAUCAAUGAAUGUGUUAGCCAGACGAGUCCAUGCCAACAAGGGCAGGUCUGUAUCAACACAGUUGGCUCCUACAUCUGUCAGAGGAACUCAGUUAACUGUGGUCGAGGAUAUCACCUCAACGAAGAGGGCACACGCUGCGUUGAUAUUGAUGAGUGCAAGGGCCCUGAGAAGGUCUGUGCAGGUCAUGGUUGUAUCAACCUGGUGGGCUCCUACCGCUGUGAGUGUGGGUCUGGCUACAUCUUCAACAGCCUCAGUCGGCUUUGUGAGGAUAUUAAUGAAUGCAGGCACUACCCUGGCCGCCUGUGUGCUCACAAGUGUGAGAACAUCCUGGGAUCCUACAAGUGUAGCUGCACCACUGGCUUCAAGCUAGCCGCUGAUGGCAGGAAUUGUGAUGAUUUGAAUGAGUGUGAGAGCAACCCAUGCAGUCAAGAGUGUGCCAACGUGUAUGGCUCCUACCAGUGUUAUUGUCGCCGUGGUUACCAGCUCAGUGACAUUGACGGAAUGACUUGUGAAGAUAUAGAUGAAUGUGCCCUGCCUACUGGAGGUCAUAUUUGCUCUUAUCGCUGUCACAACACCCCUGGCAGCUUCCACUGUUCCUGUCCUGUCAAUGGUUACACCUUGUCACCCAAUGGGCGCAGCUGUCAGGAUGUUGAUGAAUGCGUGACGGGCACACACACAUGCUCAGAGAAUCAGAGCUGCUUUAAUGUGCAGGGAGGAUUCAGAUGCCUUUCCUUUGACUGUCCAAACAACUACCGCCGUGUUGGAGAGACUCGAUGUGAACGCUUGCUUUGCAAUGAGUCUGUCGAGUGCCUGGCCAUGCCCGUGAGAAUAACCUACUACUACCUCACCUUCCCCACCAACAUCCCUGUCUUCACCAACAUCUUCCGCAUGGGCCCCUCCCACAACGUGCCCGGCGAUGACAUCCAGAUCGCUAUCACCUCUGGCAACGAGGGCGGUUACUUCAAGACGGAUCGGGUGCCCACCGGCGGCGUGAUGUCAGUGGCAAAGCUCCUCGACAAGCCACAGGACUUUGAGCUGUCUAUGGAGCUAAGGCUGCGUCGCUACAACACAGUUACCACGUACCUUGCGAAAGUGCUGGUGUUUGCUACCCAGGAGGAGCCCAGAGUACCUUACAAUCCCCUAUUAGAAUAAACACAAAUCUUAUGUAGGGUUACUUAAGUUACUACACUAAAAAAAUGAUGUGUAAUCUUAAAUACAUUGUCUAGUGGAGGAAACAGAUUCAUAUAAAUGGGAUGGACAAAAUAUCAGAAACACCUCCCAGUGUAGCCCAACAGUAGUACAAACUACAGCCUCCAAAAUGGCCAUAAAAUAAAAACAGAUUAAAUAAAAAUUGAAAAUUAUAACCUUUGUGAAGAUAAGAUUUAUUGCAGGGCUGCUGUAUUCACCUUGGUGUACCUAAUGAACUGGUAAGUGAGUGUAAAUAUAAAUUAGGAUUUCCAAUUAGUGAUCGUUAAAGACCAAUAUCCACCUUCAUAACCAAUAAUCAUUAACAUUUCUUAUUUAUGCCUAAAAAGGUGGGUUAACUGUAUUUAGAUACAGUAGGUGCGAUCUCAAACAGAUAUGACACCAAUUUAUUUGGAAAAAUGAUAACUAGAUUUUGAUAUUGUCAUUAAGUGGUUCAUAUCCUUAAAUGUAUUUUUAAUUAAUGAAAUGACCACAAACCAAGAUUUACACUGUGAAUAUGGGGCUUUCAGGGCCACUGAUAGUCCAAAACAACGGGGCAGCCUCUCCCUUUGCCUGGGAGAUAAGCUAGCCUUGUUCAGUACUGUUUUAAAAACACAAUUACUGUACAACUCUGUCCCACCAUAGACACAUAUGUUAAAGAUAAUACAUAAUUUUUAAGAGUUAAUGUGAGCAAAACAAUACAGUAAACAGAAUCAGAAGAAAGAAGCACAUUUUUUAGUUUUGUAGCAAAUUACAUAAUCUUAACUAUAGAUAUAAUGAUCAUUAGCAGUAUAAUUUAGGUCCAAUUGAAUGUAUCUUCUUGGAGAUAAGGCAAUGUGGUAACCGCUAGGUGGCGUUCUAGGUCAGGGUAAAUCGUAAAAUGGUAAUGACUUAAGUCUGCCUACAACCGAGUGUAAUUUGAUGAUGGUUGCAUGAUAAAGUCUGACGUUUUGCAGUAUUUUAUGGUUUAUGUGUUGGAUGAACAGUUUUCUAUUAAAAUUGAAAUAGAAAUAACACAUGUUCAAGUCAAAUCCAGUUCUUGAUAAUGGUGCAUUGUGGGGUUUAAUCAAAUACAGCAAAGUGAGCAGUUGGGAUGUGAGGCCAAAUCACAGAUGGAGGCAUGACGACUUCCUCACAUAGUUUCAUAUUACUGUUAUUCCAACAGCUUCAAGGAUGAAGAAAUCCAACUAUACAUGAAAAUCUCUAAAACUUGAAACACAAGGUCUUUUAAAACACAUAUUAACACUAUAUGUAGUGUUAAUAACUGAAUUAACAACUGAAUUCAUUAAUAAUGUUAUUAUUUACUAAUGUUUUCUUUAAAAGCAGGGCAAAACCAAGCCCGUAUUUUAAAUCAGUUAAGAAAAACACAAAUUUUGGAUUUUCCAUCCAUAACUCAAGCCCUUCACUUAUAUACUGUAUGCGGAUAUACCUCACAUUUCAGUAUUUAUAAUUCCAGUAAUUCCAUACCUCCAAAUUCCAGUCAAAAUGAGCCAAAUUGGGUCUUUUAAUGCAUUGUUACUCCCAUUUCCCAAAUGUCAGUUACCUUGCACCGCAAAUACAUCUUUCUUUGGCAGUUAUUUUCAUGCACAUGUCCCUAACUCCUAUUACAUUUUAGACUUAAUGUGAAAUGCACAGAUUUCCACUGCAUACUGCGGGUGUAAACCCCAAAGCAGACAGAUAAUCCAAAUGAAGGCUGAGUAAGUGACACGCGAUGGGAUGCAGUGGCAAAGGAGAGGGAAAUGUGCACCAGCAGGAUAGAGUAUAAAUAGUUUGACAUGCUGUGAGGCUGCUGCCUGGGGCUGUGGCUUAUAAUAACUGUAAAUUCAGAUGUCCUAGGUUCCUCCUGUCCUGAGCUGUCAGGCCAGUAAAGAUGCACUUGGUCCCUAGUGGGGAUAUCCUUAAAAUAAGAACAUAGUGGCGCGCAGGAGGUUUUUUCCUCCCUUCUGACAUUGAGUUAUGGGGCUCUGGGCUCUGGCCGGUGGUCUGAACAAUUUGUGGUACAGCAACAUCACCGCGCACAGAAUGAAUGAUGCCCUGCAGUGUUUGUGUUGGGGCGUUAUCAAUGUGCCGACUAUAAAUAAUAAUUACCAAAAAAAUAAAAGGCCCUAUGCUUGACCAGAGGACUUUCAUCCAAAAA